GGGAGGGGGCCGCCCCUAGACCGGUGGCUGCUCGGAGGUCCCGGCUGGCCCUUCGGAGGUCUGCUCUUGUGUUAUCCCCGCAACCGCUGUCUAAGCAAGGCUAGGGUUUGUUAGACGGAGUCAGUUGUAGGGUUCAGAGGGUCAGCAAUCAAUCCUCCGAAUGCAGAGUUUUAGCACUCGUCGCCAGUAUUGGGACUCAGGGGCUAGUAGAUUCCGUGUUUUAAGAUGCCAAGGGAAUCUGUCUUUUGAUUCAGGGUUCAUCACUUAGAGGUUUAGGUAGCAAUUGCCAUCAUGCUGAAAGCCGUGAUCCUGAUUGGAGGCCCUCAAAAGGGGACUCGCUUCAGGCCUUUGUCUUUUGAGGUGCCCAAACCCCUGUUUCCAGUGGCAGGGGUCCCUAUGAUCCAGCACCACAUUGAGGCUUGUGCCCAGGUCCCUGGGAUGCAGGAGAUUCUGCUCAUUGGCUUCUACCAACCUGACGAGCCCCUUACCCGGUUUCUAGAGGCUGCCCAGCAGGAGUUUAACCUUCCAGUCAGGUACCUGCAGGAAUUUGCGCCCCUGGGCACAGGGGGUGGUCUCUACCAUUUCCGGGACCAGAUCCUGGCUGGGGGCCCUGAGGCCUUCUUCGUGCUCAACGCUGACGUCUGUUCCGACUUCCCCUUGAGUGCUAUGUUGGAUGCCUACAGACACCAGCCUCACCCUUUCUUGCUCCUUGGCACCACGGCUAACAGGACACAAUCCCUCAACUACGGCUGCAUUGUAGAGAAUCCACAGACACACGAGGUCCUGCACUACGUGGAGAAACCCAGCACUUUUGUUAGUGACAUCAUCAACUGUGGCAUCUACCUCUUUUCCCCCGAAGCCCUGAAGCCCCUUCGGGACGUCUUCCAGCGUAACCAGCAGGAUGGGCAACUGGAGGACUCUUCAGGCCUAUGGCCAGGGGCAGGCACCAUCCGCUUGGAACAGGAUGUGUUCUCAGCCCUGGCUGGACAGGGCCAGAUCUAUGUACACCUCACUGAUGGUAUCUGGAGCCAGAUCAAGUCUGCAGGCUCAGCCCUCUAUGCCUCCCGCCUCUACCUGGGCCAGUACCAGCUCACUCACCCAGAACGCCUGGCCAAGCACACCCCAGGGGGUCCACGAAUCCGAGGAAAUGUUUACAUCCACCCAACGGCCAAGGUGGCCCCGUCGGCUGUGCUGGGCCCCAAUGUCUCCAUUGGGGAGGGGGUGACCGUGGGCGAGGGUGUGCGGCUCCGAGAGAGCAUUGUCCUCCAUGGAGCCACGCUGCAGGAGCACACGUGUGUUCUGCACACCAUUGUGGGCUGGGGGAGCACCGUGGGGCGCUGGGCCCGUGUGGAGGGUACCCCCAAUGACCCCAAUCCCAACGACCCGCGAGCACACAUGGACAGUGAGAGCCUCUUCAAGGAUGGGAAGCUGCUGCCUGCCAUCACCAUCCUAGGCUGCCGCGUCCGGAUCCCUGCUGAGGUGCUCAUCCUGAACUCGAUUGUUUUGCCACACAAGGAGCUGAGCCGCAGCUUUACCAACCAGAUCAUCCUCUGAGGGGGACUGCCAGAAGGCACCCCUCCAACUCCUGCCCACCCCCCUCGAGGCUGCUGCCUGCAUGGCCAGCCUCUGUCCAAAAAGACCGGAGGAAGCCAGGCAGGAUCUUCACAUGUCGGGGAGCAACGUGGGUGGCCGGGUGGCUGGGGAGACUCCAGGCCUCCCUCUCCGCUCCCUAAUAAACCCCCGUGAACCUUG